AGUGUUUCAUUUGGACACUCAGAUAUUUGAAGUGUGGUUAAGAUGCAAUGUCCACUGAAAGUCCAGUUUUAAAAGAACCUCUCUCUACACCAUCUGUUUGCUUUAACACAAUUACGAAUCUAAGCAUCAUGAGUUCAGCAUUCUGGUAACCUAGAGACUGAAGUAAACAAAAGUACCUCUGAGACAGCCAACUAAGAGACCUGUAAAAUUGAUGGCUCCCUAUCCGAUGCUGCCGGUGACACACAAAAAAAGUAAGAUUUCCUCCAGCCAGAAUGUCAACUGAGAAUUCCACAGAUAUAGUUCAGUAUGCUCCCAAGGAUCAGCCUUUUCUUCCUGCUCUUCCAGGGAAUCUGAGGUAUCCUGUAGAAGAACAACUCUCUAGCCAGGAGAGAACUAUAGCUGUUCUUCUUGAACAGGCCUUUCGCAUCAAGGAGGAGAUUUCAUCUUGUCUUCAAGGGAGCCAUGGAUUCCAGAGGGAGGAGUCAAUGGCCCGGCAGCUACUGGAAAACCACAUCCAGACUAUCACCAGCAUUGUCAAAAAGCUCAACCAAAACAUCCAGGUUCUGGAAGAACAAAUAAGGGUUCGGGACAAUGCAAUCACUGAAAGUCAUUUUGCUUCCCAGACUUUUACCCAGACUCAACUCCAUGGAAUGGGAGAUCUCCGUGGAAGAGUAGCAAGAUGUGAUGCAAGUCUUGCAAAGCUCUCGGGAGACAUUAAUGUCAUCAGGCAUGAGUACCAGAAAGUUGAAAAAGACAUUCAAGCACUUAGGUCUAUUCUGGAAGCUUUUUCUAGGACUGUGGAUGUGAAGGUAAUGCAGCUAUUAGGAAGGAUAGACUCUUACGGCAUGGAGCAAACCUCAAAUUUAAAGGCAGUCCAGGGGGAUAAUAACCAUGAAUUGAGUCUUCUGAAUUUCAAAUUUGAUGCACUUAAAAAUGAGCUCCGUGAACAAGUUCAGAACCAACAGAAGUGGACAGAAAAUCAGCUUAUGAAAGCUGAAAAAGAACAGCUUUUGCAUAUUAACCAAUUUCUCAGCACCAUCAAGGAGAAAAUGGAAGAAACAAAAACCAAAUUGGAAAGAAAAGUGCAGGAAUUAAUAAUGAAAUCAGAAGAGCUACUAAACCCAAAGAGAUUUGAAAUAGAAUUGAACAAAGUAAAGUUUGCAGAAAACAAGUUGUACAAAAGGAUGAAUCGAAUGGAAAAGCAGAUAUGGGAAGAGCUAAACAAAAUCCAAAAUGAGUACCAAUCAGGAUUUCAGUCGAUUCGUGAAUCUCUUGAAUCCCUCCAACAAAUACAGACGACAAAGAUCCAGUUAGAGAAAUAUAAAUUCCGGAAAGACAUAAACAAGUUGCAUCGCAAGAUAGUGGAACUUCAAGAAAUAUAAAUCCUGUCUCUGUCAUCUUCUUUGUUUUCUCCUAUGCAUGGAGUUUACUGGUUUGCUGAAGAGCAGUAGCCAGGAGCACAAUAUCUGAAUCCUGCUACUAACAUUCUAUUUCAAUCUACACUUUUAAAAAGCUAUAAAAGCCAAUAAAGCAAGGCAGAAAGAAGUAAAUGUUUUUAUUCAUUUAUUAUUUUUUUAAAUCCAUAUACUCACAGAUUUUAGAACUGGAAGGAGACCUAGAGGUCAUCUAAUCCAGUCUACUUAUUCUACAGAUGAAAAAACUGAGGGCCCAAGAGGGUAAGGGAUUUGCUAAAGGUCACAUCUGUAGAACGUCAGCUGGUUCAGGUUCAAAUCCAGUUCCCCCACUUUUAAAUCUAACACUCUUUCCACUGUAUCAUAUUGCCUCCAGUCAUUAAAGGUUGGCAUUUUACUUUUUUUUUUUUAGCCCAGGUUUUAUUUUUCCAGGAUUAAGAUUUUUUUUUUGCCAUGAAACCUCAAUUUUCCUGUUUCCAAUAGGAAUCAGUGCUCCCAUAUGCCUGUGCAAGUGAGAAUUUACCCAGGAAUAAUGGAUGAUUUUUUGUUUAUGUUCUUCUCUGACCCUAAAAUGUAUACUCUUUCCUCCCAACUCUGCCUUUCAAAGACACCUCUGUGUCUUUCAAAGACCAUCUCAGUUAUCACCUCCUUCAUGCUUCUCUUUACUAGAAAGUGUCUCCACUAUCACCUCUGAAAACCUUGUACAUCUUUUCAUGCACUUUUAUAUUACACUCUAUAGUAUAGUUAUUCAUGUCCAUGCCUCAACAUAAAUGGUGCAGUGGAUAGAGAACUGGAAUUAGGAAGACCUUAAGUUCAAGUCUGAUUUCAAAUACUGAUUGUAUGACUUAAGCAAGUCACUUAACCAUUGUUUGCCUCAGUUUACUCAACUGUAAAAUGGGGAUAAUGAUAGCUCUUACCUCAUAGGAUUAUUGUGAGAAUCAAAUAAAUUUGUAUUUGUAAAGUGCUUAGCACAGUGCCUGGAAAAUAGUAGGCACUAAAUAAAUGCUUGUUUCCUUCUUUCCUACCUUUACAAGAUUUGUAAGCUCCAUGAGAGCAACAACUAUGCCUUUUUAUUUUUUGUAUUCUUGACAGUUCCUAACACAGUAUAUUGUAUAUAGAAUGUUAUAUAGAGUGUUCAAUAAAUGUCCACUGGAUGAAUGUAACUUUUUUAUUAAAUAGUUUAAUGUAUAGUUCUCUUAUUGGAGAAAGAGUAAUUAAUUCCCCUAAAUCUCCUUAUAUCUUCCAUCUCAUAAAAAAAAAAUUGUUAAUGUAUGAUAUAAAAUGUUUAGAAACAUAAUUUUAUUUAGAAAUAAAAAUUCAGGAGUCUUCUUUAGAGUAAAUAUGUGUUCUCCACAAGCAUUGAAAUUAAUUGGAAAGUAAAAUUGUUUACCUGGAAGGAAACAAGGCAAGUAAUGAAAUAUUCCGAAUUUCCUAAUGAUUGAACUCAUUAAGCAGGUUGCUAGGGCCCUCUUCAGGCUUGAUUAGGAUGCCUUUCUUAAUGAGUCCUAAACACCAAGAAAGAAAAUAUCUCUGAUGUCUUCUCCCUUGACAGAGAAUAACAUUAGAUUGAGUUUUAUGUUUCUUAUAAAAAUAAAUUUCUGAGACUAUUCCCAUUUAUGCAUUUUUCAGUAGUCACUUUUUUAUUAAUUUAAUUUCUGUGUGCCAUUAAAUUAAAUCUGUUAUCUGUAUGAAGAA